AUGCGUCUUUUGGCCCUAUUGCCCUUGCUGGCUGUAGCUUCUGCCCACGUCGUUCCCAUCGAGCGUAGAUCCCAGCCCGGUGCCCCUCAGCCUGAUCCCAUUGAUCUGCGUCCUCUGGAGUGGGGUGACCUGAAUGUCAUCAGUACUACUGACACCCAUGGAUGGUUGGCUGGACACGUCAAGGAGGAAUCCUACUCUGCCGAUUUCGGUGAUUUUGCCUCUUUCCUCUCCCACAUGCGCGAGCAGGCCCAACACCGCAAGAAGGAUCUGUUGGUCGUUGACUCUGGCGAUCUGCACGAUGGUAACGGUCUUUCUGAUGCCACUCCGUUAGAUGGUGAGGCCUCCAACCCUAUCUUCCAGAAGGUCAACUACGAUGCCUUGGCCAUCGGAAACCACGAGCUGUACCUCAACGAAAUUGCUGAGGAUACCUACAAGAACUUUGCUCCCAAAUGGGGCAGGAAGUACCUGACCUCGAACACCUUCAUCAAGGAUGCUCACUCCAACAAGACUGUUCCUAUCGGCAGACUCUACAGCAAGUUUCGCAUGAAAUUCGGUACCCGCGUUAUGAGCUAUGGCUUCCUCUACAACUUUGUCGGUGCCGCCAACAACACCGUCAUCGAGCCCUCCAACGUCACUGUCACCCUGCCAUGGUUCCAAAAGUCGCUGAAGGAGGAUGUCGAUGUCUACUUGGUCGUCGGACACGUUCCCGUCCGUUGGGCCGAGGCCUUGAACGUGAUCAAGGCCAUCCGUGCUGUUCAUCCAACCAAGCCCAUCCUCCUCUUUGGUGGACACUUGCACGUCCGUGAUUUCACUGCCUAUGACGGUCGCGCCUACGGUCUCUCUGCUGGUCGUUUCAUGGAAACCCUCGGCUGGAUGUCAGUCUCCGGCAUCCAUGACCGUGCCUGUCGCGUCGAGACCAACUGCAUCGGCAAGAAUUUGACCGUCUCACGUCGUUACCUCGAUACCAACGUCCAUACCUACAAGACUCACUCACUUGCCCACCCCUUGCAGCGCUUCGACACCUGGAGAGGCCGCAAGAUUACCCAGGAGAUCACCAAGCAGCGCAAGGCUCUCGGUCUCUCUACCGUUCUCGGAUGUGCUCCUCAGGAUUAUUAUCUGGACAGAUAUCCUUACACCGACAGCCGCUCGCUCUUGGACCUCGUUACCAAAGAGAUCUUACCCUUCUCGAUCAUUGACAAGACCCGCCCAUACCCUGCCGUGGUCUACAUAAACUCUGGCUGCCAGCGCUUCGAUGUUGCUAAGGGUGCCUUCACUGUCGAUGACACGUAUGUCGUCUCGCCUUUCCAUGAUGACUUUGUCUACGCCACUGUCCCCUAUAAGGCUGCGAAGAAUAUCCUCAACGCCCUCAACAAGGCCCCCUUCCAGAAGCGUGAUGAUGGACCUCCCCCAGCUCCUGACAACGUUACUUUGACUCCUGGCUAUGUUACCAAGGACGACUAUGGAUAUGGCGGAGACGAUUGGCCCCACAGUCCCAUUCCCUCCGUCCGUACCCCCAACUAUGUUUCCUCGCCUCUGCCCGCGAAUCUCGGUGACAACGACCUGGUCGAUGUGGCCUGGUUGUCCUUCUUCACCAACUUGAUGUUGCCCAUCCUCAAGACCUUGGAUCCUGCCAACAACUACACUGCCCAGCCUUACCGCGUCGGUAUCACCACCAACGAGAUGUGGCCCAUUUACGUCAAGGCCAAGUGGGGCAAUUCGACCUGCUAA